CUCUCUCUCUCUCUCUCUCUCUUCUCAGCGACAGGCGACACUCUCCCGAGGUCUGACAAUGGCGGAUGGUGUCGGCGCUUGCCGCUCGGUGGACGAGUUCCUGAGCCAGUGCCAGCAGUCCGGGGACGCCGCUUACGCCGCUUUCCGAUCGGUUCUGGAGCGCCUCGAGGACCCGAGCACCCGGGCCCGGGCCCGGAUCUUCUUGUCCGACCUCCAGAGCCGGCUCGACUCCCCGCAGUCCUCCGAGCAAUGCUUCGACAAGUUCCAUUUCCAGAUCGAACAGGUCGUCUUAGACCAGUACCAAGCGACCCACGAUGGAAACAGAACAGAUCAAUUGGGUUAUCAGGGAAGGAAGAAGCUGACAAUGAUGAUAAUUCCUAGCAUUUUCAUCCCAGAAGACUGGUCGUUCACCUUUUAUGAAGGACUAAAUAGACAUCAAGACUCAAUCUUCAAGGAUAAGUCUGUUGCUGAGCUUGGCUGUGGCAAUGGGUGGAUUACUAUUGCAAUUGCUGCGAAAUGGUCGCCCAUGAAGGUGUAUGGUCUUGAUAUUAAUCCAAGAGCAGUGAAGAUGUCUUGGAUAAACUUAUAUCUGAAUGCUUUGGAUGAGAAGGGUCAACCUAUAUUUGACAGUGAGGGGAAAACUUUGUUGGACAGAGUGGAGUUUCAUGAGUCUGAUCUGCUAUCUUAUUGUAGAGAUCGUGAUAUCAAACUUGAGCGGAUCGUUGGAUGCAUACCUCAGAUCCUUAAUCCCAACCCUGAUGCUAUGUCUAAGAUGAUUACAGAAAAUGCAAGCGAGGAAUUUUUGUACUCCUUGAGUAACUAUUGCGCUCUUCAGGGUUUUGUCGAGGAUCAAUUUGGGUUAGGUUUGAUCGCUAGGGCAGUUGAGGAAGGAAUUGCUGUUAUCCAACCAUCAGGUAUAAUGAUUUUCAACAUGGGAGGUCGUCCUGGGCAAGCUGUCUGUAGACGUUUGUUUGAGCGUCGUGGUUUCCGUAUUAACAAGCUCUGGCAAACUAAAGUAUUACAGGCUGCUGACACAGAUAUAUCAGCCUUAGUUGAGAUUGAAAAAAAUAGCCCUCAUCGUUUUGAAUUCUUUAUGGGGCUUGCCAGUGAUCAGCCUCUUUGUGCACGGACUGCAUGGGCAUAUGGAAGGGCUGGUGGCCGUAUAUCUCAUGCAUUAUCAGUUUAUAGUUGUCAACUACGUCGACCAAAUGAGGUGAAGACAAUUUUUGAAUUUCUGAAGAAUGGAUUUCUCGAUGUCAGCAGUUCCCUUGAUUUAUCUUUUGAAGAUGAUUCUGUUGCUGAUGAGAAGAUUCCUUUCCUAGCUUAUCUUGCUAGUUCUUUGAAAGAGAGUUCAUAUUUUCCAUAUGAACCACCAGCAGGAAGCAAAAGAUUCCGUAAUCUAAUUGCAGGCUUCAUGAAAACAUACCACCAUAUUCCACUCAAUGCCGAUAACAUUGUCAUCUUUCCUACGAGGGCUGCCGCAAUUGAGAAUGCUCUUCGCCUGUUCUCACCUCGCCUUGCAAUUGUCGAUCAACAUCUGACAUUAAACCUGCCAAGGAAGUGGUUAACGUCAUUGGUUUUGGAGGUUGCAGAAGCUAAGGAUCGUUUGGAGGAUGAAAUUACAGUAAUUGAAGCACCACAUCAAUCGGAUUUGAUGAUAGAGUUGAUAAAGAAGUUGAAGCCCCAGGUGGUCAUCACUGGGAUGGCUCAAUAUGAGUCUGUCACAAUUUCAGCUUUUCAGCAUCUUUUAGAUGUUACAAGAGACAUCGGGUCUCGUCUUUUCUUAGAUAUAUCUGAGCACUUUGAGUUAUCAAGUCUUCCUGCAUCCAAUGGGGUCCUAAAAUAUCUUGCUGGAAACCCUUUGCCUGCACAUGCAGCAAUCAUAUGUGGGCUUGUGAAAAAUCAGGUUUAUAAGGACUUGGAAGUAGCUUUUGUCAUUUCAGAAGAACAGUCCAUCUUUAAGGUGUUGUCAAAGACAGUUGAAUUACUAGAAGGGAAUACUGCAGCAAUAAGUCAAAACUAUUAUGGUUGUCUUUUUCAUGAGCUUUUGGCUUUCCAACUUGCUGACCGGCGUCGACAUUCAGAGAGGGAAGCACAAAAGCCCAAAUCAGUUGAUACAAUCGGAAUCGCUAAUUCAGCUAUCUCAGUCCUUAAUGACUCUGAAUUAUCUAUCAGCGAGGAUCAAGGCUCUUCUUUGAUUCAUAUGGAUGUGGAUCAGAGCUUCUUACAUGUGCCUUCUCCAGUAAAGGCUGCUAUUUUUGAAAGUUUUGCACGUCAGAACAUGUCAGAGGCUGAGUUGGAUGUCGUACCGAGUAUUAAACAGCAUAUUAAGAGCGAGUAUGGAUUUCCAGUGGAUGGUAGCACAGAACUUAUAUAUGCUAACAGCUCGUUGGCUUUGUUCAAUAAGCUGGUCCUCUGUUGCACUCAAGAGGGUGGUACUUUAUGCUUCCCAGCUGGCUCAAACGGGAACUACAUCUCUGCUGCUAAAUUUUUAAAGGCAAACAUUGUGACUGUCCCUACGCAAUCUGCAGAAGGGUUUAAGUUGACUGAGAAGUCAAUUCUUGAAGUGCUUGAGACUGUGAAGCAACCAUGGGUUUACAUAUGCGGCCCAACAAUCAGUCCUACUGGCUUGCUUUACAGCAAUCGUGAGAUUGAAAAGAUAUUAUCAGCAUGUGGAAAGUUUGGUGCAAGAGUUAUUAUCGAUACCUCCUUCUCAGGAUUGGAGUUCGGCUCUGAAGGUUGGGGGGGUUGGGAUCUCACAAGCAGUUUGUCGAUGCUAAAUUCUUCCAGCAAUCGAGCUUUUUCUGUAUGUCUGCUUGGGGGACUGUCCUUUAAGUUGCUCACUGGAGCAUUGAAGUUUGGCUUUCUGGUUUUUAACCGGUCAAAUAUUGUUGAUGCAUUCCACAGCUUUCCAGGAUUAAGCAAACCUCAUGGCACUGUCAAGUAUGCCAUUAAGAAGUUACUGGGUCUGAGAGAGCGAAAAACAGGAGAAGUAAUGGAUGCUGUUGCCAACCAUAUAGGAAUGUUGAAGAGUAGAUCGAAGUGCCUGAAGGAGACACUUGAGAAAAACGGUUGGGAUGUUCUAGAGCCUUGUGCUGGUCUUUCCAUGGUAGCAAAGCCUUCUGCUUACCUUGACAAGACAAUCUCCAUCAAGCCUAAUCCUAAAGAUGGCGUUGGCACAGAAAAGGGAUCUACAUACGAUAUUAAGAUCAAUGACUCUAAUUUUAGGGAGGCGUUGCUCAGAAGCACCGGUUUAUGCAUAAACAGUAGCUCGUGGACUGGGAUUCCCGGCUACUGCCGCUUCACAAUUGCCUUGGAUGACAAUGAAUUUGAGCAGGCUUUGGGUUGCAUAGCCAAGUUCGGAAGCGCCAUCAGUAACUGAGGAAAAGAAUGUACAUGCCAUUUGUGAUCUAGUUUGACCUUGCUGCUUGCCCUUCAUUCUGUGUUCCUGUCUUAAUAAUCCCCUUUUGUUCCGAAACUCUAGCUGAGUUCCUUCUGAAAAUCAGAGCGUCGUGAAACGCUUCUUGCACAAACAUUACAGAAACAUGUCAUUUGUCUGCAAUGAGGGUGAAAUGUUUGC